AUGACCAAGAUCAACCCCUACAAGGGGAUACUGGUUGAGCUGAAAGACAUCGUUUUUACUUCUUCCUCGGACCAGAUCAAGCUCCCUAUCAACACCUUCAAAUCUAUUCUGUGCUGUGGUGCAACGGCUCAAUAUCAAUGUGGAAAAAUCAAUCGAGCUCAAUAUUACUCCCGUCUUGCUAGGGAUUUUGCGCUCUCGUUGGCAGAUGUUACCGCCCUAUUUGAUACGGUCCAGGCGACCAUCCGCCCCGAGGAAUCAUUCUUGGCCUUCCUGGCUGAGCUGAAGAGUCGGUUCGGGGAGCAGUUGAAGUUGUAUGCUGUGGCCAAUAUGUCCCGGGAGGACUAUGCCAUGCUCAAGUCACUUCCCAUAGACUGGUCUCUGUUCGAUGGAGUGUUUCUCUCCGCGGAUCUUGGAAUGCGAAAGCCAGAAUUGCGCUUCUUCCGCCAUGUCCUGGAGAGCAUAUCGAUGAAGCCCGAAGAUACAAUCCUGGUUGAUAACGACACGGACAAUAUUCUGUGUGCGCUGUCAAUGGGCCUCAAAGGAAUUCUUUUUGGAUCAACUUCUGUUCCACAAGCCUUGACCAAUCUCCUCGAAUACGACCAUAUCUCCCGUGCGGAACAAUUCCUUCGUAGCCAUGCGAAGUCCCUACAUUCAGUUACCCACACAGGAGUCACCAUCAGGGAGAAUUUUGCCCAGUUACUCAUCCUAGAGGCCACGGGUGACAUCGAUCUUGUCGAGCUUGAAUACCACCCAACUACAUGGAACUACUUCAUUGGUACCCAAAGCUCCCAACUGCUGCUACAUAAGCACAAUGCUGAUCGAAUGACGACGAUGACCUCAUGCUGGUUAGUAUCCGCCUUCCUGGUAGUCUCUUAG